AAUUACACAGUAUUAGCAACUAAAGAUUUUUUUUCAAAAGACAGCCUUUAUCUACUUUAUUACGUAAAAAAGAUGGCGGACAAGCGCAAGUCGGACAGCCAAACAAUCCAUCAAAAGACGACCCAUACGGAACUGGUUCCGAAAGCGGAGAACUCCAGGUUGAAGCGCGCAGAAAAGCUAAGCAAUGGCAGUGUUGAGCGUUUUACACGUGUGGAUCCGACUACAAAUGCUCGACAGAUGUUUCAGCACGAUCCUCAAACGAAUUCUGAAAUGUACUUUUACUCCUAUGACUCCAGAGAUGACCCUUCAUUCAAAGAUAAAUACAAUGAGAAAGACGGAAAAGGGUGUGUUGUUCAACGCCGAGCAGCUUUCUACACCUCAUCAACACCCCAAAAUCAACACUACCGGUCCAACCAUGGCACGAGGGUGCAGGAAAUAUCUCACGAGGAUGGUGCUGCUCUCGAUGACGGCAACAAGAGUAACGCAAAACGUGCCGCCGCGCAGCCCAUUGUAGAGGAGCCAGACGACGACCACAGUUCCCGCCACCAGGUCUCCAACAGAAAUGAUAAUUCGCUUACGCUUCCGACGGGCAGGAAUGAUCCAUUUGAGAGCAUGCAACGGCGUAUGGAAACCCACAUGGCGCAGAUGGAAUCCGCAUUCGGAGACUUUGGGAUGUUAGGUCGGGGCCGCAGUUUCUUUGAUGACGCUUUUUUCCACGGAUUUACGAUGAAUGACGAUUGGCCGUUCGAUGGGGGCUUUUUUGGCAGCAGAAACCGUGCAGGGCUGGGACGACAGUCGGGGUUGUAAGGACUGUCGUUCCAUGGGAUCUUCAUGGCUUGCAUCCAUGCCGAAAAAGCAUAAUGUUUUCUAUUUAUCAAGUACAAAUAUUAUUAACUCUAUUAUUCGCCUGUAAGAAGCUGAAGAUUAUUUCAUGUUCGUUAAUAUUUACUAUUGUGCACUAUUUCUCUUCUUACGGAGCAUGCUAAAUAUUGAUAUUAUUGAUCGUAAAAAUGCUGCAGUUUAAUAUUUCAUCUUAAAUGCAUAUUAUAUAUAUAUUUAUAUUAUUUAUUUUUCUCAUUUAAUUUAUCUAUUGAAUCUCACAAUAACCUAUAGGACCUAUGCUGAAUGUAAAA